UGACAAAAGCAAGUUGCACUUUCCUUCCCUCAGACUGCUGACUUUAAAGAACUUGCUGUAACUACUCAGUCCCUUGCUGAGUAGUGAGCCCCUUCCCUUUUCACCCAGAGGAGAUUUAUCUCAGUUUUUUGAUGUUCAAAUCUAGAAACCUCUUUAUUAGUCUGUGUAAAGUAAAAACAAGUAAAGAAGCAAAGGAUGAAAAUCUGCUUUUCCUCACUGUAGGUCACUGCUGUCAGAUCUUUGCAUCACUGGUGCAGUACAAUGGCAGGGGCACUGGAUCAUCCUUACAUGGGAACUCUGGCUUUUCACUGCACUCUUGUAAAGUGAUGCCAUUGGGCCCAGAAUCCUUUUUACUCUUUGCACAACAUAAUUCCAGGGAAAUUUUUCCGUCUCCUGUUCAUGAGUAGUAUUUCCUUCUUGGUGCAGUGUGUGGAAUGGUGUCUACAGCAUUAAUGCUUCUCUUCUGCAAUGCAGUGUUUUAUUCAAGAGUUGGAACUGAGGUGGGACAGAGGCAGUAUCUGCUGCUCUCCCCUCUUUUCCACCCUCUGCCUUAGUGUCACUCAGAGAUGGGCUUUGCUGCUGCUCGGGACAUGUCCUGUCUGGGACCAAAAAGUCAGUCAAAGCCAGGGUGAGAGAAAGUAACAAAGCACUGAGUUUGCUGACUCUUUCAUCUAGUGAUCAAUAGUGACUUUUAUCAGGGACCUGCAUUUCUUAAUUUCUCUGAUACCAAAUGCAGUCUGUGAGCUUGAGGCAGGCUGUCUGCAUUUCCUCUAUUUAGGAUGCCUUGCAAGUGCCUCUGACCAUAUAAAGUUAAGUGAACCUGUGUCUGGUGAUGUGAUCUAGCCUACAGCAUAUCCCAAGUUCCUGAUCCCUGGGCAUGAGAAAGGACCAUGUGUCUGCACUGUGUCACUUCUGAAUAACUGCAUUGGGAAGGGCUGACAUCCAGCAAUUACAGCUUCAAAAUCGAUACGGAGGAUGGCACAGGUUAAAACAGGAGCAGAUGCCUCAGCAUCUAUGACAUACAUGCCACACAGCAUGUAUGUGUCUGUAUUGGUUAUAUAAUGCACCAAAAACCCAGAUGCUUUAGCAGGCAUGAUUCUUCCACAAAUUCUAAUCCUGGAGGGAAGGCAGGACCCAGGAAGGAACAGUAUGAUGCUAAUGUGCUUUCCUGUGGGCAUUACAAAAUACAGGGGUUAUUUUGCAGGACUUUGUAUCUAUGCAAGGAGGAAGGGUUUCAAGGGAGGAACAAGGACUAGGGACCCAGAUUAAAAAGCUUAUUGUGGGAGUGCUAAACAGGAAAUGAAAGUAGACUCACCCGAACUGUGGGACAUAUUUCUCUGUGUCUGCGUUGUGGCCAAGAAGGAGCUGGUGCCUAAGAUGCAGAGCAGAGACUAUGCUUGCCACAUCUCCAAGAUGCAGCAAGGCAUGGAGGCACGCAAAAUUUUGUGUUCUAAACUUUGAUCAGCAAUGGCCCUUUAAGGCUGAGCAAGGCAUGGACACUGCCCAGUCCAAACCCAGCAGCCACGUGAACUCUCCCCAGGACAAAUGAGAAGAACCUGUCUCCAAGUGCAAGAUUUUGGGAAUAUGUGUCAGAGAUGCCUGAAAGUAAAACAUCCAUCUUGCCCUAAUUUCUGCAUGAAGUGCUGCAAUGUCAAGUGAAAUAACCUUCCAAGCUGGCUCUGGUGCAGAGGUAUUUUGGCUUACGUUAUUGCUGAGAGCUUUCUCUCUGAUGAGCUCUUUCUGCCUCUCUGUGUUUCUGAUGUCUGACUCUCUUCACUCGUUUUUUCCCUUGGGCUGGGAUGUGCACUGUUUGUAAUGCAUCAAGAAGUAAUACGCGAUGAGGAAACUCUCAUCAUCUGUGCAUCAGAGAGAGAAUUACUGACUGAGUGCUGAGCAGUCAAGUUAUUGAUUCAAACCAAAGCCCAGUCUCUCUGUCUGCUGGGCUGGUUACAUCCUUCUGGUUCAUUGCAUUUAAUCGGAUUCCCUGAGCUGCCACACAGAAGGGGAGAGUUAGAAGCAGAUUCAGCUACAAUGUUCUCUUCAAAAUCCAGUUCGGUAUCCCCUUCUCCGUCCAUGGAACAGGCAGAUUCAGAUGCUCUGGACAUCAGCACCAAAGUGCAGCUGUAUGGCGUGCUCUGGAAGAGACCCUUUGGGAGGCAGUCAGCCAAAUGGUCCAGGAGGUUCUUCAUAAUUAAGGAAAGUUUUCUGCUUUACUAUGCUGAGAGUGAGAAGAAGAGUUUUGAAAGCAAUAAAUACUUCAAUAUCCACCCCAAGGGUGUCAUACCCCUGGGAGGCUGCAUCGUGGAGCCCAAAGAAGAGGCCAACAUGCCUUAUGCCAUAAAAAUCUCUCAUGAAGACUUCCAUGGUAACAUUGUUCUAGCAGCUGAAUCAGAGUUUGAGCAGGCUCAGUGGCUGGAGAUGCUACAGGAGUCUGGAAAAGUGACAUGGAAGAAUGCCCAGCUGGGAGAAGCUAUGAUUGAGAGCCUGGAAGCCCAAGGACUGCAGCUGGCCAAGGAGAAACAGGAGUAUUUAGAUAAGCUAAUGGAGGAAACAGAAGAGCUAUGCCUGCAAAGGGAGCAAAAAGAGGAACUUGAGCGUCUGAACCAGAUGCUGGAAGCAGAGAAGCAGCAGUUUGAAGAGGUGGUGCGGGAGCUGCGGCUGGAGCAGGAAGAGAUCAGACGGGAGCUAGAGCUCACAGCCCGCUCCCUUAAAGGAGUGGAGGAAGAAAAGAAAGAGUUGCGAAGCCUGACGCAGUCCUUACAGAACACCCUGGAGGAGCUCUCCCUGGAAAAGCAGCAAAUGCUGGAGAUGCUGGAAGAAAAUGAGAGCCAGGUCCCACCUCCAACCAGCCCCAGCAAAGAGCAAAGCCCCAUCUGGGGACUGCACUGCAGCCUGCGACAGAUUGAAGAGAAGAUGCAGCAACUUCUGCAGGAGAAACUCCUGGCAGAGAAGAGGAUGAAGGAGAAUGAGGAGCGGUCCCGAGCACUGGAGGAGGAGCGGGAGUUUUACUCUUCCCAGUCACAAGCACUGCAGAACUCACUGUCGGAGCUGACUGCAGAGAAGCAGCAGGCAGAGAGAGACCUCAAGGCUGAGGUGAAGGUACGCAUGGAUCUGGAGAAGAGACUGAGAGAAGCUGAGGAAGCAUUGCAGAGCUUGGAGCAAGGCUUAAAUUCUCUGCAUUGCAACAAGGAGAAAGAGGAAAAGAUGAAAGCAGAUGUCAGUAACUUGAGAAAGUUCUUUGAAGAGUGCAUCCGCAAUGCCGAGCUGGAGGCCAAGAUGCCUGUGAUCAUGAAGAACUCCGUGUACAUCCACAAGGCUGCCACUCGUCGCAUAAAGAGCUGCCGCUUCCGCUGCCGGAGAACCAGUACUUCAUGGAAUGACAUGAAGCAGUCCCAGUCCUUCAUCUUCUCACAUGCAGAAGGUGAAAACAUUGAAGAGCUGAAAGAAGCAGCCAAAAGACUGAGCCGGGACCAGCGCUUCAGGAAAACUAUCUAUCAAAUCAUGAGGUCACAAAAGGAUUCUGCUUCAGGGAACAAAAAGUGACUCUUCUUGGGAGGGGGCUUCUGAGCUCAACUUGCCAUUCAGCUCUGCAAAAGUUACGCCCUUAGGCACUAGGGUCAGAAGGGAGAUUUGCCCUUUGGUGGGGAAAGUGGGGUAAAGUUGUGUGUAGGCAAUCCCCUCAGUUAGUGGCUUUGCUUUCAUUUGAAUGCUCCCUGUAGCCUGGCAGGCCUUCUCUACUGAUCACUCCAGAUCUGUUUGCUUCAGCUGCUUACAUUAAGGCGUGUUUUGCCAAGAUGCCACAGUCAGUGUUAAAACGAACCACAGACCAUAGGUUAAGAAAGGCCUCUUCUUUCCUUUCCUAUCUAGUCUGUCUGCCAAACACAAGUGCUUCUGAGAAAGCCCUUUAUCAGCCUAUGUUCCAGCUAGUGUAACCUCCCCAGCUGGACACAGCUUACCCCUUUCUGCCUGAUCCCCUCUAGGAAAGGGCUCGCUCCAUACCCCCAGUCAAUCAGCACUUCUGUGGGGCACAGGCUGAAAACUACAGCAGUCCCAGCAUCCCAAGCACAGGCAAAAAUAUCAAACACAGGGCAACUUCUUGUCUUGAUGCUACAGCAUUUCAAGCAAACAGCAGCAACACAAGGUGAAGACAACCUGAGGAUGCUGUGGAUUUGGCUCCAAGGAGGAUCAUGUACGGAGAAGAGCUCAUAGGUAAUUCAGUGGCAUGGAUGCAAGCUGGAGGGAGGGUUGUGUUGUGUUGACUGUGGGCAGAACAUUCUGGAGCCACCUUUGCAUAUUUUUUGCACUGGGACAUCUAGCUGUGUUGGAACAGAUAUGUGCUGCAGAUGUUAUCUAUAGGCAGCAUCAGUGUAGAGAAGCCCUUGACUCAGUCCUGAUGGUUUCAUCAACACCUCUGUAAAACAAGUUGGAGGGCAGGAAAGUGAGGACUGUCCAGCAACAAAACCCACUACCACUUCAAGAAUUAAACAUUGUCAGCAGCAAGCUCCUACAGGGCUGUAGAGGUGUGGAAAGUCACCAGAGGAGAAGGGUUGAUGCUGGGUGGAGGAGUAUACUGUGAGGGUGUCAUGCUCCUGAAUGGAGUCACUCUGGUGUGACCAGAGGAAAAGCAUUGAAAGCACAGCCUGUACUUUCCAUUUCAGUCAGUCACUGACCAGUAUCCUUCUGCCAGGCAAUGGGAGGUUUUAAAGAAUCAGAAGAUCCAGCACUGAAGGCUGACAUUUUUGUGAUGAUUGAUAGGUGGUGUGGUAGGAGAAGAGAAUUUCCAACCUUCCUUAGCAUACCUGAUCCUUCUGUGUUGUUUCCACUUGUGCUUGCAUGCUAGAAAGCCACAAAUGAAUUCUGGCUCCUACAAGGCUGAAGGGCUGUGAGAAAACAAUACAGAGCUGGUUUUCCCCUUUAUGCUAUUCUCACAUCAUCUCUAGCUAUUUUCCAGUUACAAUAUCUAUAUUAUAUGAUGCUAGUAGGGACGGAAUAAAAGACAGCCAGGGAACAUAUCUGUAAUUCAGGCAGUUAGGAAAAUCAUCUUGUGGGUUGGAACGCAGGACCUUUGUUGUAUUACCAUCAAAGCCACAAUAUCAGACUUUACAGAAGUAUUGUACACAGGAGGUAGCCACAUCAGGUCUUCCUUAACUGUGCAUAUUGACAGCAAUAAAUAAAUAAAAGUUAUGCUGACACUA